AUGUCCGAGACUCCCUUCCCAGUACCCAAUGCCAUCACUCCGUAUUGGCGGAGGGAGCUGCACGCUCUUGACAGCCACCAAAGCUCCGAUACUCUGCCGGCGGAGCAGGACAUUGUCAUCAUUGGCGCCGGAUACUCGGGUGCAGCUCUAGCGUAUUACCUCUUGGAUGAGACCGAUCCGUCAUCGCGCCCGACUGUCACGAUCCUCGAAGCGAGGCAAGCAUGCUCUGGCGCAACAGCCCGCAAUGGCGGCCACGUCAGACCGGAUCUCUACGCUGGCCUUCCCGCUCGCGCCAAAAGAUUCGGACAAGAGGUAGCGGAUGAGAUGGCUCUAUUUGAACUUGCUAAUCUCCACGCCGUGAGAGAUCUGGUACAGGUGAAGAACAUUGACUGUGACUUCAGGAUGACCACAUCCAUGGCUGUCUUGAGAGAUGAGGCACUUGCGAAGCCCAUCAAAGAAGGCCUGGAUGAGCUUCUGCAGCUGGGAUCGCCAACCGCAAAGCUUGUCCACUACCUCGAAGGCAAGGAGGCAGCGACAUUCUCCGGUGUCAAAGGAGCAACCGCCGUCUUUUCAUUUCAGGCGGGCUCCAUCUGGCCCUACAAGCUGGUUCUAUUCCUCCUGUCGCAAGCUGUCGACAAGGGAGCCCAGCUACACACUCACACGCCCGUUACCAAAGUUUCCGACUCCCGACAGGACGGCUUCUGGACCGUAACCACGCCCAGAGGUGUCAUUAGGGCAAAGACUGUCCUCUAUGCUUCCAACGGGUACACGUCAACAAUCCUCCCAGAGUACAAGAACCGCAUCAUCCCAGUCCGCGGGAUCUGCAGCCAUGUGGCUGCUCCCGACGGUGCCGAGCAUCCACAUCUCCCAAUGACAUAUUCACUGCGGCAUGGAACCAACCUCUAUGACUACCAAGUCACGCGGCCAGACGGUAGCAUCGUGGUCGGCGGUGCUAGGAUCGAAGUUAUCCCGCGCGUCAACGAAUGGUACAACGUCUGGGACGAUUCGAAGCUCAUCGAGCCCGCUGCUCAUUACUUUGAUGACUACAUGCAAAGGAACUUCCGUGGUUGGGAAACCAGCGGGGCCAAAGCUGACAGCGUCUGGACGGGAAUCAUGGGGUACACCAACGAUACCUACCCCCAUGUCGGACCUGUGCCUUCAAAACCAGGGCAAUUCAUCUGCGCGGGGUUCAACGGACAUGGCAUGUCAUUCAUUCUGUUGACAGCCAAGGGUUUGGCAAAGAUAGUACGGGAAGAUGUGCCAUUUUCGCAGUCCGGUAUUCCACGGCUGUUCGAGACGAGUGAGCGCAGACUUCAAGAGGAAAAGAAUGAGCUGCUCGGAUAA